ACUCUGACGUCAUCCGACCCUGACGAGGCUCACGUUUUCUAACCGUGACCUCAGACUGUCGUUGGACAUAUGCAGCCCCUUUAGCAUUAGCUGUAACGAAAGCCAGCGGGGGAAAUCAUCAGAAAACGAUCGUUUGCUGUAGUUUAGUUUCAGCCGACUCGUUCGCUGAGUUUACGCGGUCCAUACAACCCGGAAAGAAGAAGAAGACAUGGACACACUCGAGGAGCAUUCGCCCGCUGCGGGCCCGGUGGCUACCCGGCCCCCCGAGGACGAGAUAGACGACGACGAGGAUGAAGAUCUGGACGAGACCCUGGUGGAGAGGUUGUGGGGCCUGACAGAGAUGUUUCCUGACACAGUGCGAACAGCUGCUGAGGUGUCUGCACAGUGCUCCAUGUCACUGGUCAAGAAGUUUUACAGUUUUUCCCGCUCCGCUCUCUGGGUGGGCACUACCUCCUUCAUGAUCCUGGUGCUGCCCGUUGUGUUUGAGACGGAAAGACUACAGCUGGAGCAGCAGCAGCUACAACAGCAGAGACAGAUCCUGUUGGGGCCCAACACUGGGAUGUCUGGUGGGAUGCCGGGCAUGAUGCCUCCUGCACCUGGCAAGAUGUGAGGGACGGGAAGCGCCGACACGAAACCGAAACCUGCUGCUGACGAUACAGCAGGGUCACUCGCAAGGAGAGACAGAGAGACCAGGGAGAAGAGAACCUGCGGUUAAAAAUACAAAACAAAAACAAAACAGCAAAAUCUGCCUCUUCAGCACUGCAUUAGGCUCACCCCAACGUAAAGUUGGUUAAUCGGAUCGGAGGUGGAGACUUCUCUCUCACUGUCUCUCCUUACUCCCAACAUCAUGCAGAGACUGAUUUCCAGGAGCGCUGCUUCUGUUUUCUUGUUCUUUUUUUUAAAAUAAAUAUCAGCAUAAAUAAUGUGUUCUUUAGGGGUUAGUAGGUGGAAACACUGAAAAGAGGAAAAAAAUCUUAAAGUUAUCAGGUGUACGUCUUAUGUUUGCAGUUUGAAGAGCAUUAGUUUUGUUGGCAGUUCUGUCUACUUUCUGUGUGCUUGUCGGUUCCACUUGUGUGAGAAUGAUCUAAUAAUAAUAAUAAUAAUGACAUCUGACAGGCUUGUGUGAUAAACUGCGAGGAAUGGUGUCUACACAGUGGCCUCUUGAAGUUCAGUGAACCAAAUGACACUCUUUUCUACGUGGUGUUUCCGUCUGUACAGUUGUCACGAUUCCCUGUUGUACUGUUUAUGUCAAAGUGCAAUGCCUCUCACUUGCCUCAGUGCAGUUUAAAGAUUGUUCCUUAACGUUAAUGGCAUGUAACAUGCAACAAAAGUCUGCCCUUAAAGACUUUGGAAGAAGUUUUUCAGUUACGAGUGUUUACGGUGGUGGAAGACGUUUUGAUGCCAUUAUUACUCUGACACAUCCAGUCUGAAGAGAAUGCCAUUCUGUUUUCUCUUUAGUCGUUCACAGCUCACUGACCAACACAUGUCUCUCUUUCAACAUGACUGCAAAAAUUAAAACACCAAAUGAAACAAAAA